AUGCAACUUGACUCUAGUCGUGCAAAACAAAUAGCGGACAAUAGAAAAAAAUUAAAACCUAUAAUCAAGACUAUUAUACUCUGUGGAUGCCAAGAGUUGGCUCUACGUGGAACUAACGAUUCUGGUCCAUUGACUUUAAAUUCCAUAGAGCCUGUUUAUAAUGAUGGGAAUUUCCGGGCAUUACUGCGUAUGCGCCUAUCAUGUGGGGAUAAAGAUUUGAUUGAGCACAUUGAAGGUCAAUCUUUAAAUGCCAUGUAUAUAAGUCCAAUCAUUCAAAAUAAUAUAAUUCAAAUUUGCGGAAAAAUGAUACAAGAACAAAUUGUUUCCAGAAUAAAUAAAUCCAAAUAUUUUUCAAUUUUGAUGGAUGAGACUACGGAUAUUUCCCGGAUCGAGCAGUUAUCCCUUUGUGUGAGGUACAUUGACUCCAAUGAGCAGAACGGCAAUCCAGUCUAUAUUAUGCGUGAAGAUUUUCUACAAUUUGUGCAAGUUCAUAGUACAACUGGGAAUGAUUUAGCGACGGUAAUGUUAGAGUGUUUAGAAGAACUCAAGAUAGAUUGUACUUAUUUGGUUGGGCAAGGUUAUGAUGGGGCUGCAGCCAUGAGCGGCAGCUUUAAAGGCGUACAAGCAAUAAUAAGAGAAAAACACCCAGCAGCAUUAUACGUGCAUUGUAGUGCACAUUCUCUAAAUUUAGCUCUGGCUCACUGCUGCAAUGUCCAAAGCGUCAGAAAUUGUAUUGGAACCAUCAAAUCCGUUGCAAUCUUCAUAAAAAUGUCAGCAAAGCGGACUGAUAUUCUACAAAAUAAAAUUAAAGAACAUGCCCCUGAUAAUAAAUGGAAGAAGUUGACAACCAUGUGUGAAACUCGAUGGGUGGAAAAUCACGACGGAUUAAUUAGGUUCACAGAAAUUUUCAAGCCUAUUGUUGAAACACUGGAAGAACUACAAGUAGUGAAAGAUAUAGAGACGUCCUCAAAGGCUACACAGUUACAUCAUGCCAUUAUGACCAGUGACUUUAUUAUCAGCAUGUUAACCGCAACUACUUUAUUCGCGUAUACCCUACCUUUAUGCAGAAUUCUUCAGACAGUUAACAUCGAUCUCUUUUCAGCAACGGAACAUGUUGAUACUGUUUUAAGUUAA